AUGGCGCAGAGCAAAACGAACCCGAUCAAUAUAAACCCGAACACGGUACCCACAAGAAACGGGAUGUGGGCCCGGGGAAGAAAAUGUGUGUAUCGGGCCUCAUUCUCGUUAUGCAACAAAUACCGGGCCUCGGCCUUCUUGAACCUUUUCCCUACGGCCCAAACCGCGAGCCUCAAACCCGGAGGGAACAAAGUGUUCCCGAAUAGGAUUUGCGGGAUCAAAAUCAACAAGAGGCCUGAGUUCUUGCCGAACACUAUCAUGUUCUCGUUCGUGGGCACGAAGCCGCAAUUCGAGAAAGACGAGACCGUGGUGAAAACCGCGAAAGUUAAUAUUUUGAGGCCCUUCCUCCGCAAAACGCCUCGCGCGCUACGAAUCAGGGAUAGAUAG